UCUGAAUCCCACGCAGCGGUUCUCCUCUGCCCAGCUCCUCCUCAUCACGCCGUCCGUCCCAGGACCUUUUCCAGUGUUUCGGUGCCACUGUCUGAGAUGGAUUGGGCCACACCAGCUGCCAAGUUAAAUCCCUACACCAGAGCCCGCAUGUCGGAGGCCUGGCCGCAGCACGCCGUGGCUCCGCCUCCUGUCGUCCACACCCUCCCCCCGGGAGCCGAGAGCGCGCUGGGCUGUGCUGUGUACGGCAUCGUUCUGCAGCCGGACGCCACGUCGCUACAGCAGCAGACCCAGCACGGUCAGCACGGUCAGCACAGCCAGCCGCACAGCGGAGGGCCGCAUGGCAGCGGGGCGCACAGCCAGCCGCAGCACGCCGCCCAGCAGCCCCCCCUGCAGGUCGCCGCAGAGGGAGGACACAAGUGCGCGGCCUGCGGACAUGACAUCUCCCACCUGGCGAACCCACAUGAGCACCAGUGCAUGGUGAGCCAGGACCGGUCGUUCCAGUGCACCCAGUGCAUGAAGAUCUUCCACCAGGCGACCGACCUGCUGGAGCACCAGUGUGUCCAGGUGGAGCAGAAGCCGUUUGUGUGCGGCGUGUGCAAGAUGGGAUUCUCUCUCCUCACGUCUCUGGCUCAGCACCACACGUCACACAACAGCACCAACCCCAUGAAGUGUUCGAUAUGUGAGAAAACCUACCGGCCCGGCUCGGGCAAUGCCACGCCGACCUCCAACAACCCGCAGCAGCCCAGCAGCGACGGGGCCUCAGCCAGCAGCAGCACGUCUAUUCUUCCCUUCCCCUCGGCCCGCGACCGGCCGUACAAAUGCCCAGUUUGCCAGAAGGGCUUCAAACACAUGUCGGAACUCACGCGGCACGAGCGGGUGCACACGGGAGAGAAGCCCUUCAAGUGUGACACCUGUGACAAGGCCUUCAGCCAGUCGUCGCACCUCCAGCACCAUCAGCGAACACACAGCAACGAUCGCCCUUUCAAGUGUGCCGUGUGUGAAAAGAGCUUCAAACACCGGUCCCACCUCGUGCGCCACAUGUACGUGCACUCGGGCGAGCACUUGUUCAAGUGCAACCUGUGCGAGCUGCAUUUCAAAGAGUCGUCGGAGCUCCUGCACCACCCCUGCCACCCGCAGGGCUCCCGGCCGUUCCGCUGUGCCACGUGUGGAAAAGGCUUCAAGCGGCCGUCUGACCUUCGCCAGCACGAGCGCACCCACUCUGAGGAGCGGCCUUUCCACUGCGAGGAGUGUCAGAUGAGCUUCAAGCAGCAGUAUGCACUGGUGCGCCACAGACGCACACACAAGGACCCGACCGACCGGCCGUUCAAAUGCAACCUGUGUGACAAAGGUUUCCUGCAGCCGUCGCACCUCCUUUACCACCAGCACGUCCACGGCAUGGACAACCUUUUCAAGUGCGCCUCGUGCCAGAAGGAGUUCAGCCAGUCAGGAGAGCUGCUCCGACACAAGUGUGGCGAGUCGGCCAACAACUCGCCGGACAAGCCGUAUAAGUGUGAAGUCUGUGGCAAGGGCUACAAGAAGAGCUCCACGCUCCAGCGCCAUCAGAACUCCCACUGCCAAGAGAAGCCCCUCAAGUGCUCGCUGUGUGACCGCCGCUUCCUGUCCUCGUCCGACUUCGUCCAGCACCGCUGCGACCCGUCGCGGGAGAAGCCGCUCAAGUGCCCGGAAUGUGAGAAACGCUUCAAGUACUCGUCGGACCUGAACCGACACCGGCGGAUACACACGGGGGAGAAACCGUACAAAUGUGACCACUGCAAUAAGGGCUUCAAACAGCGCGAGCACCUGAUCAAGCACCAGAGCACGCACUCCAGGGAGGGGCAGUUCAAGUGCGUGUGGUGUGGAGAGCGUUACAGUGACUUGGGCUCUCUGCAGGAUCACACGGUGCAGCACACGGCGGAAGGAGGCGGUUAUCCCGUGCCGCAGUGCUUAUAAAUCCCCCGGAGACCGUUUCCCUCUGAACAGGUUCCUCAACUCCCUCUGGUCUGAAACCUGUAGGCUUGCAUCCAUUCCCACCAGUUCCACAUCAGAUCUUUGUUGCUCUACUCACCUGCCCCGAGCCCGGCAGAACUCCAGCCCUGUCAUUCCAUAAAAAACAUGAGGAGCACUUCUUCUUCUUCUCCUUUUUGUUUCUAUCUCCUCCUCUUUUCAACCCCACACAGUUGAUCGCAGCGAGAAAGCCACAGCCACCGUAGUCCUGUCCUUCAGUUGUGGACUGAAACAGGUGCCAAAAAAAUGCAACAAAUACUUAAAUCCUUCUUAAUUUCCUCCAAACAAUAGUCUGUCAAUAUUAUUGAAAUGAAUCGAUAGAGAUGCGUCUCCACUCGCCACAUAAACUGAUCAGGCCAGAAAUGAUGUUAACUGCUUGAGUAUUUAUCCUCUUUCGCUCUCCUCGGUUUCCCUCCUUUUCUCUUGCUUCCAGUCUGUCGCUGUUUGGUAUCAAAAUGACUCGACUGUUGUUUGCCAGGUGAAGAAUGACUGAGACUAGUUUUUGGUUUUCAUUUCCCACAGUAAAACGACAGUAACCUGCUUGGUCCUGACGUAGCGCCCGGCUUCAACAUGAUCCGUUUAUUUUUCCCUUAUUAUUUAUCAAGAGUGGUGUCAUCAACAAAUGUGAAAGGAAACAGUUUGGACUUAGUUUGUGGAUUUAUUGUCCUGUGGUGAAGUGAUUCUAAUGGUGAAGUGUCUGUGAGUGAAUGUGUCGGCCGCCAUCUUUCUUUUGGUCAUUUGUGCUUCAACCAAAACACCAGCACCUGGUCCCAGUGCUGUUUGUAAACCAACCAACCUUCUGAAAUUAACUAAGAGUAGUUAAACCCCCUCUGGUUGAUACCAAGCUCACUCUCCACUAGAGACUUAUAUAUAUAUAGAAAUAUAUAUUUCAAACUAAUAUGCUCGUCAUAUUCCUGCAGAGGUCAGUGCUGUCCGACUGAAGAUGUCCACACGUGAACAUUACGCUUCCUCUCUCAGCCUGUACAUACGUGGACGUGUGAGUGUGUAGCCAGACGAGUUGGAAAAGUCAAAACUUGUCUUUCUUAAAAAAGUGUAUUGAACUGUUUUUGUAUUCUUGCUACUUUUUACCAUGUGAGAUGUUUUUGAAAAAAUGCUCUUUAGUUGUUUUUGUAGUCCAUGUAGUGAUUGUAUCGGUAUGUUGCUGCAGGGAAUCUCAAAGAGCCCAGCUUGUGUGUGUCUGUGAGUGUGUGUGUGUGAGUGAAUUUAAAUAGUAUUCCAUCAAACAGGGGAAGUCGGACUGAAGAGAACUGUUUUAGAAAUGUUUCAGCAGACCUUCGCCUUUGUCUUUGUUUAAAUUUAUUAACCUCACUGGUUUGUCAAAGAGCCUUUUUUGCAGGAUGAACUUUCAACUUGUGUUAAAUGUUUUCCAUCUUGUUGAAAAGGAAUGUUAACGAUGUAUUUCUUUCCUGUUACAUGUUGCGUUGAGCUCGACAUCCUGUCUUUAAAGGUUCAGUGUGUAGAGUUUAGUGACCUCUAGGGGUGAAGUGUCAUAUUGCGGCUGAAUACCCUUCUCCUUCCAAACAUGAGAGAGAACAAGUUGUAGCUACUGUUGUCAUAAAAACUCAGAAGCUAUUUAUCUAGUCUCGUCUGGGCUACUGUAAAAAACAUGGCGGCCUCGGUAGAGAGGACCUGCUCCUGAUGUGAAUAUAAAGUAUUUAAAUAUAAAAGACCCAUUCUAGGGUAAAGGAAACAACAAUUAGUACAAAUUAGAUGAAAAACACUAUGAUUAUUUUAUAUUUAAUUUCUGCCAAUAGAUCCCUUUCACUUAAAUCUUACACAUUGAACCUCUAAGGCGGGAUUUGUACCAGAGUGAACGACGCCUUCCUCUUCUUUGAAUGCUACGAGAUUCUCGAGAAGCCUGGAGAUCCAGUUUGUUUACAUGUUGGCAGCGUUCACCAUUGUUCCUUCUCUCUGGACGUCUGGGGUGCUGCCCCCCCGCCCCCUCCUUCUCGUUCACUGUGGAUUCUUGGUUUGAGUGCAGUAUUGAAAGUUAUUUGAUACAAACGGAGGAGGCCAAGGAGACUGAAUUGACAUUGGUUAUUUUAUUCUGGCUUUUAUCAUUUGUAUGUUUCAUCACUGUCUUCAUACGAGGUCAAGUGGUUGCUCCCGUCAGCCAUCGUGUUUUUAUUUUCUGGAUCUGGCAUUAUACGACUUUGAGGACAACUUUGACUUAAAGUUUUUAAAAAAAAAGAAAAAAUAGUACUGUAUGUUUUUAAUGGUUUCGCAUUUGUUUGUAUAUUUUUAUUUUUGUUAUUAAUAUUCUUUGAAUUGAUAUGAAUAUCUAUAUUCUUGGACAGAGAGACCAGGGCCUUGGGUGUAGCUUUGGGAUAAAGAUGGCUGUAUUUAUUCAGAACACAGAGUCGUGUUCGAACUUGAACAACAACAAUCGCUGAACAAAGUGCACACAAACAAGCAGUCUCUACACAAAGGUUUCUGUGGUGACGUACAAAACCACAACACAAUGUCAUGAAUACUAAGUGCUCAAGGACUUGCUCAUGCUAAUAACACAGUUGUACGUCCAAAUCCAAAGAAUAAUUCCGGACCAGAAUUGCCAGUAUGGAUUUAAUAUUAUUGAGGGUCACAAAUUGAUCAAUUCUUGGUUAUAAAAUAAAUCCAUCAGGCGGUCGAGUAGAGGAUCAUCUGCUAUAAGCACAAAUUAAAUGAAUGAACCUCUUCAUUUCAACAGCUGGUUUUAAAGGAAACGUCCAGUUUGUGCACCAGCCAUCCUCCCUCCUCUUCAGUUAAUGACCCAUCAGACCCUGGUGUCUCUCUCUCUCUCUCUGCAUGCUUGCUGUGUUAGUUCCUGUCUUCUGUCCCUGGGAACUGGUGCCGACCCCCCUCCCCCCCCACCCGCUGUUCCCUCCUAUAGCUUUUUCAAAUUGUUCUGUAGUUUUAUGUGAAUGAUGUUGGUAAAAAAAUUUAAAAAGAAAACAUUGUGGCGCCGUUCAGUACGUGUACAUUCAUUCUAAGAAUAUCUGUAUGUAUGUAGCAUUCAAUUACACACAGCACUAACAAAUAAAACUUUUUCCAUUUAUAAA